AGACAGCUCUGUUCUUUACAUGUACCGCUCUCUCUCUCUUUCAUUCAUUCUCCUCUGUCUCGCUCGUCCCGCUUUGUGCUGCUCCUGCUGCAGUUUGCUCGCCCAUGAUUAUUUCUCAUUCCUGAGGAGAGAGGGGUUUAAUGCGAUGGACCUGCUUCCCACCGACUGCUGCUGCUGCUGUUUACACCGCAGCAUCAUGGGAGCUGUAGUUUCCUCAGCAGCACAGGAGGACAGCUGAUUAGCCAGGGAUUGUGGGUUUUCAGAGUUUGGAGAUGUGAGCUGGUGGGCGGACGAGGCUCAACAAACUCUCUCUCUCUCUCUCUUUCUUUCUAUUCUCUCGCUGUCUUUCGUUCUCAUGCUUUUGAACCCUCUUCUGCCCUUUUCCUUCCUCUCCUCUGCAGUUUCUUUCAUCUGAUCUCUGCAUCUUAUUCCUUUUCUUUUCCUGUCAUACUCACCAUUUUCUGCUCUCUGCUCCUCCUAACUCUGACCUGUCCGAGGGCAAAGGCAGAAUGGGUUGCCGUCUCACUCGGACCAAGGCUAAAACUCGUGAACCUGCUCACCACCGACACCGAGAGGAGCUUCACUACGUGGACGAGUAUGGCCAGCCGGUCGCUGUGCAGGUCGAAGCUAAAAGGGGGCAUGGUCACAGGAGGCGAAGGUCCCAUUGUGCAAUUGAGUGCAGCGUCCCCACCGAGAGACACUGGGAGGCCCUGAGAGCCAUGGGGCUGAUGGAGGGAGAGGAAAGUCAGGGAGACGGCUACACUGCAGGGCCUUAUUAUGGUCACAUGACUGUGUCACCUGACCUAUACUCUCCCAAUGGUCACAUGAUGAUGCCACCUGAUGCCUACCCACCCAAUGGAUACCUCCCCAGAUCAUCAAAUGACCAGCACCCAGGCAACAACUACCUGCCCAGUGUGUCCUACAGCUUAGACCACCUGGACAGACUGGACUACCGGGGCCAAGAAAUGUUGCACUACCAGCCUAACUCUGAGAGCUGUCUGAUUGGCUGUUACGGUGCAGAAGAGGUGGACCCGACAAUUUUUCCCAGACAGUCGGACUAUCGUCAGCCCUGGAGGUCUGAACGUCCUCUUGGCUACCUUCCCCUCAGUGAGCUUGACAGCGGGUUAGGCUGUGGCCCCGACAGCCCACACAACCGGAUAGCGCUCUCCGAAGCUGAGACAGAUGCCAUGUCAUCACUGCCUGGCCACACCCCUUCCUCUCAAGGAUCCUCCUCUUCCUCAGAGUCCCUAAUCUCCUCCGAACCCAGCGACUCAGGCUUCCACAGUGUCAGCACUGGGGAGCACAGACGGCUACACAAGAUUCACGGAGGCCACACUCACCGGCAAGCUCACCAUCUUCGUUCAGGCCACUCCCCUCGUGAGCAGAGAGGACGCUGGGAUUUGGAGUCGAUUCCUGAGACGACUCCGAUGACCCAACCUGGAGUACCAAAAGCAUCCCAUUGCUCUGUGGGUAACAGCACGACCACAACAGUUCACUUCCACAGAGCUGAGAGGAGUCCCACUUUACCUCGUCACCGUUCACCACCCUCACCCUCUAUCGGUUGUCGUACAGAGCCUUGUCAGCGGAGGGCGCUAUGGUUGGAGCAGCAGCAGCACAGAGGAGGCGGGACUGUAGAGGGUCCAGGUAGGAGUCGAACAAUAACAGAUUUGAGUGAAGGACAGCGACGGCGCAGGGCGAGCCAUCCCAACAUGACAGAUCCAAACACAGCCCAGACAAACCAGCCAGACACAACCAGCAAUGCACUGGGGCCCAGGAGCAGGGCCAGCUAUCCCAACAACUGUCACCCUGCUAGUCAUCUGAGCAUAGACAAAACGAGUCUGACCAAUCAUCAGAACACAAUGAGAAACAGCCCGGGCUCGAACCGCAGCAGGGAGGAGGACUCGCUCUCUAAGAGCCCUGGAUCCGGCUCCAGUGGCAUGUCAGACUGGCGUGGCAUUCAGACCCUCGGGAACCGCCCUGGCAGGCCAAAGGGCACGUGCAGUCCUUUCUACAGCACUCUUGGAGCGCCGCAACGUAGUCCUCGCUCUCCACCCUCACCUCGCUCCAGACUGUCCAAUCAGAGGUCAGUCAGGAAUCAGCUGCUCAGGGCCCGAGCGUACCGUCUGGCCAGGGAACGCAGUGAGGUCACCACAGACGAGGAGGUGCGAGGAGAAGGAGGCAGACUAGGGGAGGAGGAAGGAGACGAUGGACGGUUGGCGGGGCGAUACUGGAGCCGGACGGAAAGAAGACGCCACCUGGCGCUGUCACGCCAACACCGAGAGAGGAGAGGAGGUGGGGAGGAGCAAACUGGGGGCAUUCAGGGGUCACUGUCAUCUCAGACGGUGCUGGAACUGAGCCACAUGAAGCAGAACCGACUGAGGAACAGCAAGCUGCUCGAUGAUUGGACAACGGUGGAGGAGCUGUUGACUCACGGGACUCGAGUGGAGAGCGACAGCCAGCUUUGUCCCAGCCCACUGCUGUCGGUCACUACUGUCUGAUGGGAACGCAAUACGUCAUCGUUUACUGAUCACACUGAACAAAACCUCCAAGAUCACUCAGACCCAGAUUCAUUAAAUGUGUGUGUUGGAAACAGCAAACUUCAUGGUCACUCACGCCUCAGUUACACAUAGAAAUCACAUUUUAAAUAUAUUUCAAAACAAAACUUUGUGUAUUGGGACACAAUUUGCAAGAUUUGCCAACAUAAAUCUCACUGAAUAUCCUUUUAAGUCCUCAUAAAGAGAAAAAUUAAGACAAAAGUUUACACCUUUCAGUAAUCAGUUCUCCAAGGUACGCUGCAAUUCAAAGAAAUAUAUAACUCUGAACGUUAGAUUACAAAUCCAUAUAUCUGGGAUUAAAAUACCAAGAAUUAUAUACGUUUUUUCGGGAAGAUUACCUUCCUCUCUUUGCUCCAUUCAUGUUUUUUAAAGGUUUAAUGGCCACGAUACACUGUCAUAAUAUUUCAUAAAUUCUACUAUAGCUACUCUAUCUGAAAGAACCGUAGAAGAUAAGCUGAUGUUGACUUGCAGGGACUAAAGUUUGAACAUUUCCGUCACACCGAGUAAAGACGUAAAGGAAAAAACUUCUGAGCUAAAAUUCUACUCAGACAUCCAAAUGGUUUCUGGUGACCCACUAAGGAUUAGAGCUUGGGUUUGGCGACGCUUCAGCUUGAUGCUAAACAAGCACAUUUCAGAAACUAGAAAAAGGCGAAAACCCACCCAGAACCCUAAAUGGGUCUCCAGUUUCCCGGCGGAAGUUAAGAGGUUACAUUAGACUCACAUCACACUCUCAGUGAAUCUGGAUCUCAGCUGUGUUAUUUAAUAUCUGAUAGGAAGUUCUGACUCAUUUGAUGAUGCGUCAGAGCUCUUCAAAUGCAUCUGGGUUUAUAAAAACAACCGAAGAGCAGAAAAAAAGCGUGGUCAGAUCCAAAACGGGGGCUCAGAGGGAGAAAGCUCUCUGCAGAAAAGGCUAAAUGAACACAAAUGUUGAUGAUCAUUCCAGUCCUGGAGACGGUCAGCCUUCCUGAGCUCAGUUUCAGCAACACAACCAUCUGCAGAGAGCCUCUAAUCAAGGGCCUGCUAUAAAAAUGACUCUCUGCUGUUUUGAACGAGUAAAUAGACUCUAAAGAGCUGCAUGAGCUUCAAACUCUUAACUCGCACGAUGAACUGGUCAGAUCCUUCACACACCAGACCGCCUGUGACCGGCAUCAAAUAUCACACCACUGGAUGUGUUGCCUUGUGGAAACGUGUCUCUGCUCCUUUUCUAGUUGACCGCCUUUGUUUCUGUGCCAUAAAAUGUCAAAGUCGACUGUGUGAAGCAACAAAACUGCUCGCUCUAAGCUUGUUAGAGGAUUUCUGCACCUUUAUGAUCAAACAGCCUCUAAAUCCUCUAAGAUGCUGUUUCAACACACCGUCGUUUCACUGGCGUAUCCUGGGUGGUUUACCGUUUUAAUCUCCACGCACUCCCACAGACUCGGAGUGUAAAUAAAUGCGGCGCCAUCGAGAGGCCUCGCAAGUCUCUGUGCAGCGCUGUGUUCAGCUGAAUCUCCACUUCGCACACUUCUCACAUUUGGUUCUCCAGUCCCGAUGAUUCAUCUAUAAAUUGAUGAUGAAUAUUAUGAUUUUUGAAGCUGCAGUGCAGAACACAUCCUGGUGUCAGAGUGUCGGAUUUGUUGAUUUUCUUUCUCUCGUAUGACAUUCUUGCAGAGUUAAGUCCAAAAUCCUAAUGUUCUGUGUUUCAAAUACGUGGGUCAGACAUGGAAAUCAAACAGGACAGAUGUAUCAUAUCUACCGUAGCCCUGAGAGCGCUCCACUGAUAACAAAUCUGUCAGUGCGCAGUUACUUUGGUAAAUAUGGAGAUCACGAUUAUUUAACACAAUUACUGACUGACUUUGGACAACUUUAUAUUUAAGGACAAAUACAAACAACAGCAGGCCGUCCACACCACGUAUGAACUUCUCAAAUCCAGGUUCGUUUUAUUCCGUUAACAAAAAGAUGUCUAUGACAUUAUUUUCAAUUUGAUAUUUUUUUGUGAAGACUUGAUACAAAAUAUCCAAUUUGGCUCUUUGUUCAACACUAAAGAAUACAAAUGAAAACCCCACAUCCAAUAACACCUUCAUGCUCAUCCAUCUGUAUGUUUUUCAGUAAUCCUAACAUUCAAACUGAACCAGUUAUUUAUUUAUUGUUUGUAAAAGUCAUU